AUGUCCAUGAGCGCGAACACCAUGAUCUUCAUGAUUCUGGGGGCGUCGAUCGUGAUGGCCAUCGCGUGCUUGAUGGACAUGAACGCGCUGCUGGACCGAUUCCACAACUACAUCCUCCCGCACCUGCGGGGCGAGGACCGCGUCUGCCACUGCAACUGUGGCCGGCACCACGUCCACUACGUGAUCCCGUACGACGGGGACCAGUCGGUGGUGGACGCCUCCGAGAACUACUUCGUGACGGACAACGUCACCAAGCAGGAGAUCGACCUCAUGCUGGGGCUGCUGCUCGGCUUCUGCAUCAGCUGGUUCCUGGUGUGGAUGGACGGCGUCCUGCACUGCGCCGUGCGCGCCUGGAGGGCCGGCCGGCGCUACGACGGCUCGUGGACGUGGCUGCCCAAGCUGUGCAACCUGCGGGAGCUGGGCCGGCGGCCGCACAGGCCCUUCGAGGAGGCGGCGGGGAACAUGGUGCACGUGAAGCAGAAACUCUACCACAACGGCCACCCGAGCCCGCGGCACCUUUAG